UUGUUAUAUUUCGUUCUGCUGGUGGGUAGUCAUUUGUAACAUUGCUGACAUUCAAAAGUAUAUGAAAAAAAAUGCCUGAAUCCAUACUGGUAAUGAGCUACUUUGCUUUCUGACUAAAUGGUGAGUUUUACGUUUUGAUUACAUCUUUCUAGGUAUUUUUUCCUGUCCUUAUUGUGCGAUGUUAUAAACCUGAGGAAACUGAUAUUAAUGAUGGUGAUGACCUUACAAUCCCUUCCUGGCAAUGGUCCACCUUUCCUUUUGUGUUAGGGGCCAAUAAUAGGGCAUCAGGUUACCCAGUGGGUGGGUGUGUGUGUUUACAAGGUAGCCAUUUCCUACAGGCCUAAGGGGCCUUGGACUUAGACGCCCUUGAAAUGCCAACAUGGCCCAGCUGUGUGGGUAUUUAUACACACACGGUCAUGAUGAUGAUGAGAGAGCAGUAAAGGUCAUUCAUUGUGGCUUGAGCAGCAGUGGAGUGUAGUGUGCGCGGCACGCACACGUUGAGGGCAGUCAGUAGACUCACUGAGCAGACUCCAUUCAUCGAUCCAUCGACCCGUAGACCCUAAUGCUCUAACCCAGCAAUAGCGCCACUCACACACAUCUCCAACCAGCUCUGAGUGGUUUGUGACCCAGACCACAUGUACAGUUUGUACAUAGUCCUGUGAAUGUGUGUGUGUGUAUCGGUGCGGUUUUUCCUUUCAUCUUUUUUUAUAUAUUAUGUACACUGUAGUGUAGCCACGGAGUAACCAGUUGUGUAAUUCCAGUAAAAUGCUCUGAUUCCAUAGGAUUAUUUUUGUCCCUGAUUGUGCCGUGUGAUGCCAUGUGAAGCUGUUCCUGUUUGAACCAACCCUGCUGCUAUCCGCACAUGUGUGCCUGUAAUACUAGGCUGUAUGUGCUUGGUGUGUACCGCACUUCUCUUCCAGUAGGCCUUUACUGUUUGACCCUAUGACUCCUGCACUUAACAAAGCUCUCUCCUGCUAGUUGGUAGACACUACAGCCAAGUCCCGAGUUACAUUGACUGCACAGGAUCCAUACAGUUCUCAUCGCCAAGAUCUCAGGACAAGAUUUGCUCGCCAGAACCUGAAUAUCUUUCGGAUUGCUCCUUUGAAAUAACUUACCUAUCGCCUAUUUGGGCGUGCAUAUUCAUCAUUGUGAUCCAUACAUUUCUGGAGUCCUCUUCUCUGGUGACGAUCUCCUCUCGUGACGGGUCUCUCCUCUCGUGACGGGUCUCUCCUCUCGUGACGGUCGCUUCUAUCCGUGCCUGGUGUUAUUCGGGGAGUUUGCCUUCCAACUUUUUCUUGUCUUGUUUAUUUUGGUGACACAAGGAACAAAUGCCACUAAAGAUGCCUGAAGCCCCUAACCUACAUGUACCGCCUUCUCCCAAGCUGGGUCACGCCCACAAGCGGGUAGUGAAGACAGAACCCUCUGAUUCGGCCCCACCCAGCCCCAGCAGCUGGGUCCAACUCAAGUUCAAAGUGGAGAAGUUUGCCCAACAGAAGCUGGGUAGCGGCGGGGGCUACCCGGCCCAGCAGGAACUGGUAGCCUCUUCCCUGGUACAUCACAUACCCCAUCACCAGCACGAGGCCAUGAGGGGCAUCCAGGAGCCAAUAAGGGUCCCGCAGCAGCAGCAACAGCAGCAGCAGCAGCAGCAGCAGCAGCAGCAGCAGCAGCAACAACAACAACAGCAACAACAGCAGACGACACUACCAACGACAUCUGCUGCUGUGUCGUGUGGCAUCGAUAUGAACAUGAACAUGAACCCUAAUUACUCAGGCUAUAUGCAGUAUACAAUGCCCUCCGAGAUGCCCGUUCCCGUGGCGAUACACCAAUCCCCCAUGUCUGGUCUUCCCACUAGCUCCUGUGAGUCGCCGUCACCCCCGCCCAGGGUCUACAAACCUUGCUUCGUCUGUGAGGAUAAAUCCUCGGGAUACCACUAUGGCGUCAGUGCCUGCGAAGGUUGCAAAGGUUUCUUUAGACGUAGUGUACAAAAAAGCAUGCAAUACACAUGCCACCGAGACAAAAAGUGUGUCAUCAACAAAGUCACCAGAAAUCGCUGUCAGUACUGUCGGCUUCAGAAGUGCUUUGACGUGGGGAUGUCAAAAGACUGUGUAAGAAACGAUAGGAACAAGAAGAAGAAAGUAAAGCAAGAGGUAACGGAGAGUCAGACCAUACCGCCCGAGAUUGAAGACAUCGUAGACAAAGUGCUUCAAGCUCAUGUAGAGACCUUCCCUGCGGACCCUAUCGGUCCCGCCUUCAGUGUGGACAUGGAGGAUGAUUCCGAUAAUCUUCACACGAUAGUGGCGGAUAGUUUCAAGAGCGAGACGGCGGGAUGUGCUAAUAACAGAGAUAACGCCAGCCUGGUCAAGCCAACAGUGCCUGAAGAAUCGCCGAUGCAACUAGACGUGAAGGACACCAAUCUGACAUUGUUUAACUAUGUGACAGACAUGUCCUCUAAAGCCAUCAUCAUGGUUGUAGACUUUGCUAAGAAGCUGCCCGGGUUCCUGGGACUAACCACUCAAGACCAGAUCACGUUGCUCAAGGCAGCAUGCCUAGAAAUCAUGAUUCUCAGGAUUAGCUCCCGUUUCAACAUGGAAGACGGCAGCGUGACGUUCACUAGCGGCCUUAAGCUGAGUCAGAGUCAGCUGAAGAGCGGUGGGUUCGGUGGGUUGCUGGAAACCAUCCUUCAGUUUGCGACGGCCAUCUCCAAGCUCAAGAUUGAUGAGACUGAGGUGUCAUUGCUAUCUGCCAUAUGUCUCAUCAGUGGAGAUCGCUCCGGCUUGGAGAAUCCUGUUCAAAUAGAGAAACUCCAGGAACCCCUCCUGGAGGGUCUGCGACUAUACGUCAAGAAACGCCGCCCUCUAGAGCCACAUAUCUUUGCAAAAAUAUUGAUGAAGAUCACCGACUUACGAAGUAUCAGCGUGAAGAGUGCUGAAAGAGUACUCAACCUCAAGUUAGAAUUACCCAACAAAUUCCCUGCCCUCAUCAAUGAAAUGAUUGACAGAGCCGACAACCAAUGAGAAGACAGUAAUGGCUGACAGUGUGUAGGAUAAGCCAAUCAGAUCCACUGCAUUUGCAUAUAUGAGAUUAAUUUUAAUGGAAGUUUCAAUGCAAGUUUCCAUGGGUAAAAUCCUGUUCACUGUUGGAAGCACCCAGUUUUUUUCUCAACUAGUCUACGUCUUCAGUAUUUAAGUACCCUCCAUGUUGUACACAGUAGUUUUAUUUUAUGGGAAUGCACAACAAAGGCGUUUCUGCAGAUUGAUGAGAAAGAAUUCCUGUUGGUUGAGUUAAUUUGGAUUGUCCAAUCAGAGAGCGUGUUAUAAACGGAGCAGCCAAUGGGCAGGCUUGUUUGUGAAUUGUGAGUGUGCUCUGCAGAGUUGAUACAAAUUUCUUUUUUGUUAUUCCUUGUUUUGUUUUUGAAUGAAAUAUCUUGGCGUGUCAUUGGGUCACGAAGCAGAAAAAAAAAAAUUGUGGUUCAAAUGCAAAAAGCACAAAGGUAGUUGCCAAGAAACUGUUGAGAACUGAAAUUCGUUUUGAAAUGCAAAUGAAAGUCUGUUUUAAAAACAGGCGGACAUCUGCAUUAAAAUAUUUUUGGGAUGAUUAGGUUGGAAACAUGACUAAAAGUCACAGAUUUUUAAGAGCAUCAAAUUGGUUAUAUUUUGUGAUUUAUUAUUGAUUUAUUUUUUUUCCCUCUGAAAUGAGUUAAAACACACCCAAGUUGAGUGGGGUAGAUGGACACAGAUUUGAAGUUUGCGUCCUGUUGCAGUGGGCACUCUGAUCUGAUUGACAAGGUCAAGAUGAGGGAGCAAUAAGUAGCACAAAAAACGUUUUUUUUUUCUUUAGCCUAACUUCUUAAAUCUGUAUUUCUACCAGUGACAUUCUUUAAUGAUGUGAGUUUUCAUAUCCUUGUAUAUACCGUUUCAUAUAUAGUGUGUUACAUAGAAUGCUGACACGCUGAUUGUGUCUGCGUACUUGAGCAGUCAAGUACAUGUAUACAUACAACCAGGUGUUUUGAAGACAUGAUGAGGUUUGAUAUAUUCAUGGUUAUUAACACAUGUCUGUAAUUCUUCCCAAACCAAAGUAGCUUAUAGAAUUUGGAAGAAAUUUAAAAAAGGUUUUAAAGGAUUCCUUUAAUUGUGGCUUUGGUUAUUUGAAUGGAUGCUGAAUGUAAUUGAUAGGUUGAUGCAUGAGGUACGCACAAACCAAAUAAUAUGUGUAAAUUGGACUGCACACUGGCAUGCUUGUUAACCCUACAGCCACUGAAAUGCCUGAACUCUAUCAAUAACUUAAGUAUUUUGUGGGAAGCCAUUGACACACCAAACGUGGGCCAACACAUUUCCUUUAUUUGUUUCUACAAUAUCAAAACAAACCUUGUUCAAAGUUUUUGAAGACAAUUUUGCAAGUUUUAGUGCUAGUGUUUGACACACAGCUGUACAGUGACUGAACGGUGAACUGUGUGCCAGGUGUGCAGCGGCCCCCAAAAAGUUGAUCCUUGUGACACAGCGUUGUUUUGUUGUGGACCACAUACUAAUCGUACAUGGGUACUAUUUUCCAGUGUGUAGGCCCCUCAAGUACGUUAGUUAUACCACUGGGGGUAUAUGCACAGGGGUAUACGCACAGAGUAUAUGAACAGCUAGAAUUCUAAAAGAUGUACCCGCUAACUUCACGUAGGUGUGUUUCUUAAGUAUUUGGGAGUUUGCAGGUAUAUGGAAUUGGUUGCUCCACAUAGUUGACAAUGGGCUCUGUGAAUUACUGGUGGAAAUGGGAAACAUUAUUGUUAAUAGAGGACAAGUAUAUGUCAUUUCCAUCGUGUGUAGAUGUUUACAUGUGACCCUCUCAUGUGGCAAAGCUCCGAGUUGCUGCAAAUUCAGUUUAAAUUGAUUGUACAUACUCUGUGCGCACGUGAACCACAGCACGCUCAGGAUAUGUCCUCAUGGCCAUCUUGAGCUGAUCACCCAGCUUCAUCUACAAGAAGACGUUACUCAAGUACAAAGUGGAUUUUGGAGAGAAUUGAAGUACUUGAGCACCUGAAUUGACUUCAGGGUUGAUGAUCUUUGCUGCAUCAAGAGCUCUUCCACUAGUUCACUUUUCUAUCAAAUAAACAUCACAAUCCAACCUCAAGUGCCACUUUAAACAAAAUGCCCGUACUUUUUCAUCUUCAGAUGUAUAUUGAGUCUGUUUAAUGCUUUGAAAUUUGUGGAUUUUGAAGGAAACCAAACGGAAACAUUUUGUAACCAUCGUUUAGACCAAACUGGGCACAAUAGCACUUCUAUCAUGGAGGCCCCCUUCAAUGGCGAAAGCAUUGUGCUAGCUAUUGUUCAGAUGAUCAGUCACAGGGCAGGAGCUUCUACAAUAGCAUACACAAUGGUUUCUCCAUUGAAGGGGGCCCCGGAGUGUACAGUGAUCAUGUGCCUGGAUUCGUCGUAAAGAAUAUUUGGAAAUCAUCCGAUACUUUUACUGUCUGACCUUUAGACUUUGACCUGGGUCAAAUAUUUGGUAUUCAGUCUUUUUACUGAAUGCUCAGGACACCUGGCAAACUUGUUGACCAUAAAUGAAGUCAUUGUGUCUUAGUAUUACUAAGACUUGUGUUAACAUACUUAGAUUGUUAUGUUCUGUUUUUGGUUUGUUGAAAGUUUUAUGUGGUGGAGCCUUUCUUUUGAAGUGAUGUAAUAUGACCACAAAUGAAGUUUAUAUCGAUGUCGUCGGCCAGUAAAUGCCAGUGAAAUGACUGAAGUUUAUGUAAGCGUCUCUUGAAUAAUACAACAACUCAUCAAUUUCCCUUGAUUCCAAUCAUUACAUGUAUAAAGAGUUUAUCAGCCCCUGGAUUGAAAAUCCUCCAUUUUAGUUUUAUCUGUGUGUCUUGUUUGUCUAUAUAUAUUUUAUUCUCCCAUUUUGAUCUCUUCCUUUUGUGUGGUUUGAAAACACUGAUCAAAUUGAAAAUGUGUCGGCAAGCUGCGUGAUCAAACUUUUUAGUUUUCAUCAAUGUAGAUUAUUGAAAGCUUGUUCUUUUACCUGAAAUUAUAUUGUAGAAAUGCCUGUGAAUGAUAGUACGAUGAUACGGUGUAUCCUUAAAAGCUGGGCUUUUGUUUUAGAACUGGAAACAUGUCCACAAGAAGUAUUUAAGAUAUUUAUGACAACUUCACUGAUUUCUUAUUGAAAGCUAUAUCAGAAAAAAUACCACGCUAGCCAUAGUGUCACAUCAAAUGUAUUAGCAGAGUAUAACUGGAUUUUAGAUUUGCAAACCUAUUUUAUGUAAAGAGAUAAAAAUCAUGCUAUAUUUCCGAAUCUUAACACUGUUCAUUUUUGUAAUUUUUUUUUUUUUUUUUAUAGAUCUUUUGUUCUUUUACUUUGAAUCUCAUUUGAAAAAUGAGUGCUGUAUGAGAUAUAGAAAGUUCAUCCAAUGAAAAAAAAGUGUAUAACCACUAUGAAUCAUGUGCCAUAAUCCUAUGUAGUUGACAUAUUUCCUCCUUUUUCUGAUAGAACAUCAGCCUUUGUUGUGUUUUCAUUUUUUUUGUUGCUGGCUUAAAGCUUUAAAAAAAUGAUUUAGUAUUACUCGUAGAAAGCGAAUUUUGGAGUUUGAUUUUUGAGUAAAAGAAAAGUAAUCUAUAGAAGAUAGUGAAAAGAAAUUCUAUACUUAAGUUUUUCUCGUAAAGUCAGAAAUGUAUAUCAAGUGUCUCACCAUUUGUUUUUUCUUUUCAACUACAUGCAUCACAGAAAAUAUUCCAGAAACCAAAAAAAGUUUUUAAAAAAAUAUGUAAAACUAUUUCCGGGUAAUCAUACUGACCCAUGAGUCUUACUGAAGCAUUUUUACAUCUUUAGAUUUUGCAUACUUUUUAGAUUUUCAGUUUCAGUUUGCAUCAUGAACUAUUAAAAUGGAAAAAAAAAAUCCAGAAUGUUCACUUUUGUUGAAGAUCUUGCAUUUCCUGUGCUGAAAUAAUGUUUCUCGUGUUUCUCUAAUUCCUUCCCUUUUCAAUUUGAAAUACCCAUUGUUAAUUUCACUGAAAAUGUUGCGUUUUAUUUUCCACUUAUAUCAACUCUACAUACAUGUAGAUUGUAGCAUUUUAAAAGUGAAAUUGGAAAGAUUGCGUAAGGUAAAUUGUUCUAAACAGACGGAAAACAAUGACUUGAGAUAGUUAUGGUUCUAAAUUUCCAUAUUUGAAUUGAGUAAAGCUCGUUAUAAAUGUGGCAAGAUGUACUCUUAUAGGUAACAAAGUAGUCGUCACAGGCAUUGUCGUCUAUUAAGGGUUUGAACAUGAAUCAUGUUGAAGUAUCCAAAAAAGAAGCAAAGUAACCCCAAAACAAAAAUGUUUUUAGAAAGCCUUUACGAGAAAGCAGUUUCAUUGUUAAAAUCCUUGAAUUCAAAUUAUGUAUCAGGACCUUUCAAAUUAGGCACAAGCCCAAACUUGUUCUUUUAUGUAUCAUAUUUAACACAGUUGUUUCUUCGAAUGAAUUAAAAAAAAAUUUCAGCUGGUGCACUGAAAAAGGGACGUUUUCAAGAUAAUAAUUUUUCCUUGUAAUGAUUCCUUUAAGCAUAUGAAGUGUCUGUGUAUUUAUGUUAAUAUGUAAUUGAUUUAACAUUACCACUAUAUCACCCCUUAAUAAUCAAGUCCGUAGUUGAAUACUUGUUCCUAUUGCACCAUACUGCAUGUAAAUUUAUACAUGGCAAAUGUAUCUUUAUACCAAAAAAGUCACCUCCGUAAAUAUUCGAUUCUGUCCCUUAUUUUUUAAAAGUGAUAUACAUGUAGUUUUGUGUUUUGUGAUAACAACUUUGGAGAUCAUGUAAUUUAAAAAUCUUGUCAAUAAAUAUUGUACCUCAUAAUGAAGGUACUUUUUCUUAAAAAUGUAAAAAAAAUCACGCCAGAAAUAUUUUUAAGUCGAUUUGUGUGACAAAUGAAUGCCAUAGGCUUGUCUGUUUAGCAUCAGUUACCUGCAUGUACAAAGGCAAAAGAUAAACAAAAACAAAAACAAAUAAAUAAAUGAUAUGUUUCUGAU